AUGACCACAAAGCUCUUCCAGGAAAUCACAACGCCGAAUGGCGUUACAUACACGCAGCCACUUGGUCUUUUUAUCAACAACGAGUGGGUUGCCGCCAAGUCUGGCGAGGAAAUUACUGUUAUCAGUCCCAUCGAUGAAUCUCAGAUCACCAGAGUCCAUGCCGGUGGUGCUAGUGAUAUAGACGUUGCCGUAAAGGCGGCGCGUGCUGCACUCAAGGGACCUUGGGCUGGUGUCUCUGGCACGGAUCGCGGAAAGCUCAUGCUGAGACUUGCCGACUUGGCUGAACAACACACCAAAACGCUUGCAUCCAUUGAUACAUGGAACAACGGAAAACGGUUUUCCUCUGCAUGUGGUGAUGUAGGCGAGCUGACGGACGUCCUCCGGUACUAUGCUGGCUUUGCCGACAAACUCCACGGUCAAGUCAUUGAUACCACGGAUAAGAAGUUCGCAUACACCUCCCGAGAGCCCCUGGGAGUCUGUGGUCAAAUAAUUCCUUGGAACUAUCCCCUGGGAAUGGCUGGCUGGAAAAUCGCCCCCGCACUCGCUGCUGGAAACACCGUCGUUUUAAAGCCAGCAGAGCAGACACCUCUUUCCAUUCUACUCUUUGCAACCCUUAUCCAGGAAGCUGGAUUUCCGCCCGGAGUCAUUAACGUCGUUAAUGGUCAUGGCCGCGCCGCAGGUGCCGCAUUGGCUGCGCACGAGGAUGUGGCUAAGAUCGCCUUCACUGGAUCAACUCAGACCGGCCGCGAGAUUAUGAAGCUCGCAUCCGCUACCCUCAAAAACAUCACCCUCGAAACAGGAGGCAAAUCGCCAGCCAUCAUCUUUGAUGAUGCGGAGCUUGAGCAAGCCGUCAAGUGGUGUCACUAUGGCGUGAUGGCGAACCAAGGUCAGAUCUGUACGGCUACUAGCCGGGUCUUGGUGCAUGAAAGCAUCCACGAUAAGUUCGUGGAUCUUUUUAUUCAAGAAGUUAAGAAGACGUCGAAGGUCGGCGAUCCUUUCAGCCCUGAGACCUUCCAGGGACCCCAGAUUAACAAGGCUCAAUUUGAUCGAGUACUGGCAUACAUCGCCUCUGGAAAGGAAGAAGGUGCCGAGUGCAAGUUCGGAGGUCAACCUUACUCCUUGGCGACUGGAAAGGGGUACUUCGUUGAGCCGACUGUCUUCACCGGCGUGAAGGACCACAUGAAGAUUUACCGAGAAGAAAUUUUUGGCCCUUGUGUCGCAAUCAGCUCCUUCUCCACCGAAGUUGAGGCUAUUGGCCGUGCCAAUGAUUCUUUCUAUGGGCUGGGCGCAGCGCUGUUCACCAGGGAUAUUACUCGAGCUCAUGCCCUGGCGAAGAAGAUCGAGUCUGGAAUGGUAUGGAUCAACAGUAGCAAUGAUUCUGAUUAUCGCAUCCCUUUCGGUGGAGUCAAGCAAUCAGGUAUUGGUAGGGAGCUAGGUGAAGCUGGCAUUGCCGCUUACACCAACAUCAAGGCGGUUCAUGUGAACAUGGGAACCCGGUUGUGA